AUGGACGACAGGCCCGAGGAGCUGCGGGAGCGAUUUAGGGACAGUGAUCUUCACUCCUUUCCGAUCUACGGGUGCGAUCCGACCCAAAAGAAUACUGCGGGCGAGGGUUUCGCUAACGGCUACUCUGUCAGGAGCUCAAAAGACGGUGUUCCCGUCCCGGAUCCAAUGAAACAAAGCACCAGAACCAGAUCGAUCCUUACGGGCGGUCUUACUGGCGGGCUCAGCACUUUCGACAGAGGCAAGGAUGCGCGCCACAAGAGACUGCCUUCUGUGCCGCAUGUCGAGCCCCCAAGGUCUGCCAAACGGCAAAAGACACAGGCCAAGGAUGAAGCGCCCAAAGGCUCUGCCGCAUUCACCUCGGGACAUUUUACUUUGGCUUCAGCCUCUCCAACACCAGAUCCCGUUCCGAAACCCUUACAAACGGUGGACUUGACAGACUCCCAACAGUCGGCGGAUGCUGAAGUCGUUAGUAACCGCUCCAACCAUGACCCGACAUCGAGUGCACAAGUUCCUGAAUAUCGGAGUGUGGAGAGGGCACAUAGCGCAAAUGUUAGCAACAAGCGCCAACGUCGUCCCCGCGUUCGCCCAUUGAGAUGUGCUCAAUCAACAACGCCCAAGGAGAAUUUCUCGGAUGGCGAAGAUGACCUUACAAAAGACGAGGAAGGCCCCCCGAGAAAGAAGCAGGCUCCGGAUCAACACAAGGGCAACCCAAGGACAGCAUUCCAUCUACCUCCUGGCGUAGGCACGGUAAAGGGCCAACCAGAGGAUAUUUCGGACGAUGAGCUUGGUAGCCAAGACAGAAUAUCACGGGAACGUCAUACUUCCUCGAAAGAUGUCAUUUUGGAUGAAGAUGCAAGAAAGCCAAUGAAGCCAUCCGUCACCCGUUCGCGUGGCGAUAUGACCAAGGUGGACUUCUCAAAGUCGCAGAACGCCAACCAGCCAAGACUAAAUAUAGUUCGCGCUGUCUCCGGGAAAGAAGCGCUGGAUGCCACGACUAUGGAUCCUGAAGAGCAUCCCGUGUUGAGAGUAGGCGAUGACCACGAGAGCCUCAUUGCCGUCGAUCGUACGAAUGAACGUCGUCCAGACUACAGAUGGCUGGAGGUGAAGCUGAGGUACUGCACCAAAAUACAGUACAGCACGAGCAACACUCCAUAUGCGGCAAUUUCAAGAUCAUCGGGGGCGGUGUUGCUCCUCUAUUGGUAUUGGAGUUUGCUCAACCCGGAGACGCCUUGA